AUGGCCUUUUACCACAACUGGUAUGGUCAUGACAAUGCUGCAUGCCGACAGACGAAGGGUUGUCUGGGCAUGAUAGAGCAAACGCACCUUGACUACUUGCCCUUGAAAGCCAAUAUACUAACCUACUUGGCCAUGUUUAAAACGGCACGUUUGUACUACGACCAUGCAAAGUCUGCAUGGGAUGAAGAACGAGGGAGUGAGCGUGCGUUGAUGUUCGCCGACAGACUGGAAAGCGCAGUCACCCAUCUCCCUGCCAAAAGGUGGUACAUGAACCACAGCAGAGUUGAUAACUAUGCACAUCUGCUUAGCGGUCGCUUGUCAAGGGAAACAUGUGACGGUGGUGAAGGAGCCAGGAUUGGUUGCUUCAGAGUCUAUCUGCUCGAAGGGAUAAGAAAACUGGGCGACGGUGAUAUCAAAGAUGACCCCGGCGGUGGCAUCGAGACAAUAAUCAAGAUGUUGGUCAUGGUUUUGAUGCAUGCUGCCGACUCAAAGAAUGCUGGUGCUUUGUUGGCGACCAUCUUCCGGCUAUCGGAACGUGAAAAGACGACAAGUGGGUGCGACAGGCUCCAGGAAGAGGUGGAAGACGUGCCUGAAGAUUACCACAAAGAUGUGAAUAGGGGCCACUCUGGCCAGAACCGGAUGGGAGAAUUCGAAACAGAUUGCAAGGCGGGAGGCGAGGACAGAGAAGACUCUCAUAUCGACACUAAGACAAAGAAGGAACAUCAUAGGGGACAACACCUCAGAGGUUUAGCCCUGGUCACUUCUACAUGUUUAGUGCCGCAGGAUGUGCCAACUGUCAAUAUCAAGGAUCAGAGUGGAGGUUAUCUCUGCGAUGAAUGCGAGCGGAGGACUUUUGCGGUGAACGAGUGGUAUUUUUGCGAGGUUUGUGACGACAUUCACUGCUGUGGCGAGUGCCUGGCCAAGUUGCAAGACCCCAAUACCAAGCUAGACCUUUACCAGAGCCUGGGUGACCCGGCGCACAAUAUGUACCGAGCCUGGCCGAUAGACUCUGAGGUUAACUUAGAGACCGGGCAGCCAUCUACGUUGAUGGCGUCGCAUAUUUGA